CAUUUAAAAUUCAGAUCUAGAAAAGUCGACGGGACAGCAGCUUUUGUUAUCGUUUUUGCUUUUAUCAAAAUAUAUGCCUUUUCUGCACCUGAACUAAAUAUUUUGGGAUCUUUAAUAAUCAUGAGUGACGCAAAAGAUUCUCCGCCGCCUCAGGCUGCGCAUCCAAAAAUCAAACACGACUGGUACCAGACUGAUUCCCAAGUAAUCAUAACGGUUCUCCUUAAGAAUGCUCCAAAUAACAAAGUGAAAGUUCACUAUGGAGACCGCAGUGUAUCCAUAUCAAGUGCGAUUCCUGACUCGGAGUCAGAGUACAGCCUGGAACUUGAGCUGGCACAUGAGAUUGUACCUGCCAUGUCCACAUAUGUGGUCACUCCCUCUAAGAUAGAAGUGAAACUGCGCAAGAAGGAAGGUGUCCGCUGGACUCAGCUUGAAGGUGAUGGUGAAGAGGAGAAGAUUAAAGCUAUUCCACAAGCCGUUAUUGAUGCAUCUGGACCACAGCAACCAACCAAGCUCUUUAGAAAAGAUUGGGACAAAAUUGAAAGGGAUAUUAAGAAGAUGGAAGAAGAAGAGAAAGAUGCAGGUGAUUCAGCUCUGAACUCCAUGUUCCAGAAGAUAUAUGGUGAGGGUUCUGAUGAAGUUCGCCGUGCUAUGAACAAGAGCUAUGUGGAAUCGGGUGGUACUGUGCUGAGCACAAAUUGGAACCAGGUGUCAAAGGAGAAGGUUGAAGUGAAGCCACCCGAUGGACUGGAAUUCAAGAAAUGGGAGUCGUAAAUGUAUGGUGGAAUAUUCAAAAGGAAUUAAUUCCUUGUCACAGUAAGUGGUAACUGCCAAAGUAUACUCACUAUUAGAUGUAUGUAGGCUUUAUAUUUCAUUGUCUAUUUCCUAUGCAUUAAUCAAUUAUAGGAUUCAAUAUAAAAUAAUACACUACUUGAGAUGUUUUUAACAUACUAUACUAAUCUAAUAAAGGUUUUAGCAUUUUGCUUCACCUACUAUAUGUAUUUUCAUAAAAUCUGUCAGCAAAUAUUGAUUUGACUUUUCUUGUUUAAUUCUGUUGUGAAAGAUAGUUGUAAUUUAUUUAUAAGUAUUGAGUUAUACCAUUUAAUUUUAUCUUUUUACUAAAAAUGGAGAUGAUG